GCCGCCCUUACAAGCAGCCCACUCAGCCCACUUUUGAAUAUCUGUAAGCCGGUUGGAGCGAGGAGACGCAUGACUUCUUGGGACACUUGCUGAUGUUACUUUCAUUGACUCCCAAUGACCAUGAAUAAGAACAGGCCUGCAGCCCUACAGAAAAAGAGGAAAGAUUUUAUACCUUACUUUUUAGGAUUUGUUAUAUUCUUGUAUUGCACCGUCCAUCUUGUAUCACUCACAGCAGAAGCAGCAAAGGAAACCCCUUCACUCAGGGUGCGUCGGGCUCUUGAGAAUGAGACUGAAUGCAUCUCAUCCCAGUCCUCCGAAUUCCCCGACGGCUUCUUCACGGUGCAGGAGAGGAAGGACGGAGGCCUCGUCAUUUAUUUCAUGGUCAUCUUCUACAUGCUCCUGGCGGUCGCAAUAAUCUGCGACGAUUACUUUCUGCCUUCCUUGGAAGUGAUCAGCGACCGCCUGGGACUGUCUCAGGAUGUAGCAGGAGCCACAUUUAUGGCCGCUGGGAGUUCUGCACCCGAACUGGUCACAGCCUUUCUGGGUGUGUUCGUGACAAAGGGAGACAUCGGGGUGAGCACCAUCGUGGGGUCAGCGGUCUACAACCUGCUGGGAAUCUGCGCAGCAUGUGGACUCUUGGCCCCGUUGGCCGGGCGCCUCACCUGUUGGCCCCUGUUCAGGGACUGCUUGGCGUACGGCAUCAGUGUUUCUGCCGUCAUUGCCAUCAUUUCCGAUAACAAAGUCUACUGGUACGACGCCGCGUCCCUGCUGCUGAUCUACGGCGUCUACAUCGUGGUGCUGUGCUUCGACCUCCGCGUCAGCGAGUUCGUCCUCCGGAGGCUGAGCCCCUGCUGCACCUGUCUGGGCGGAGGCUCGGGCGAGAAGGCCGAGACGCAGCCGCUGGUGGGCUGGAGCGACGACACCAACCUGCGGGUGCACAGUCGCUCCAGGACCGACAGUGGGAUCUUCCAGGACGACUCGGGCUACUCCCACCUGUCCCUCAGCCUGCACGGCCUCAAUGAGAUUCCUGAAGCCGAGCACAAAAGUGUGUUCGCCGUGCCGGAGAGCGACCUGAAACGGAUCCUCUGGGUUCUGUCCCUGCCCAUCAUCGCUCUGCUGUUCCUGACCGUCCCGGACUGCAGGAGAAGGUUCUGGAAAGGAUGGUUCAUGGUGACCUUCUUCAUGUCGGCCGUGUGGAUCUCGGCUUUCACUUACGUCAUGGUGUGGAUGGUGACGGUCGUCGGCGAGACCCUCGGCAUCCCCGAUACAGUGAUGGGACUCACUCUCCUUGCUGCUGGAACCAGUAUACCAGACACCGUCGCCAGUGUGAUGGUGGCCAGAGAAGGGAAAGCAGACAUGGCCAUGUCAAACAUCGUGGGCUCCAAUGUUUUCGACAUGCUGUGCCUGGGCCUGCCUUGGUUCAUCAAGACCGCCUUCGUGGACACCAACAACCCGGUAGAGGUCAACAGCACGGGGCUGGUCUUCAUCUCCGCCACGCUGCUCCUCUCCAUCGUCUUCCUCUUUGUGUCCGUUCACAUCAACGGGUGGAGGUUGGACUGGAAGUUGGGACUCGUUUCGCUCUUCUGCUACAUCGCCUUCGCCACUCUGUCCAUCCUCUACGAGCUCGGGAUCAUUGGGAAUAAUCCCAUCAAACUGUGCGGCGACUGAGGCGUGACCUCGCCAGGGGGCGGAAGCCACAAGGACUUAAAACGGUGAGGUCUAAGGAAACAUGUUCCCGCUCACUCACACACACACACACACACACACACACACACACACACACACACGGGGCUGGUCGUGCCUUUGCGAGACGCGUGCUGGUCACCUCUCAUGAAGAGGAUCAUCUCAAAAACCUACGCAUUCAACGGAUUGAGAAAGUCUGACCAAACUCGACUGGAGCCACCGCUGCGUUUAAAUAUUUCCAGGACUGACGAGGCAGAGUAAAGCAAUAAAAAGGUGUCAACUAAACGUGUAUCCUUGUCCCUUCUUUUAAUGUGGGUCACUCUAAACAAGUCUAUACGACAGAGCUCAACUGAUAAGCUUAUAUGAGCAUGACUUUAUGGCUUGCCAUGAAGAUGGAAAUUAACAACAACAACAAAAAACUCUGCACCUGUCGUUAUCUAAAAAGUAGAACGGAACUAUGAUAAAAUGGGAUGACAUGGGAUAAAAUGAUCUUGGAGCUCUGCCAAUCUAAAAAGCCCGUGUUUCAU